AACCAGGGCUCUAAAUUAACACCCGCCAACCCGCCAAAUGCGGGUGAAAAUUCAUUUUGGCGUGUAUUAAAAAAAACUCACUAGCCGGCUUGGCCGGUGAUAAAUGAGUAACUUUACCAUCUAUUUCGCGGGACGCGUGAGCACGGUUUCUAUGGGAACGCAUCCGUCGAGAAUGCCGUACUAGGGGAGGGGGCGUAGGUCACUCUUUGGUUGGAAAAAACGAUAGACGCCGGUACAAAUACAAAUACAGACACAAACACAAACAAGAUGUGGCGAUGGUUGGGACAGCCGGCCAUCAAGAGAAAGGAUAUUCCUACCAAAGAGGUAGGGGAGGAGGAGGAUAUUGGACCUCGCGAAAAAAAAAGAAGGAAAUUUAACUGUAAAUGGCUAACUGGUCGUGAGUGGCUCGUGUAUGAUCACGAAAACAGCGUAAUGUUCUGUCAGGAUUGCCGAAUGUAUGCUAAAGAAAAACACAAAACGAAUAAUUUCGUGGUAGGAACCAAUAAUUUCAAAGUAGAAGCAGUAAAGGAUCAUGAGAGUGCCCGAAGUCAUCAGGAGAGCCUGAGGACGAAAACCGCCAAGACGUGUCGUAUCGAAGAGAGUGAAGCUGGAAGGAGCCUUGCCUUAAUGAAGACGUCCGAGUUCGAGAAGAUGGAGCUACUUUUUCGCAAUGCCCACGCCAUCGGGAAAAAAGGCAGGCCUUUCACCGACUUCGCAUGGAUGUGUGAGCCCAGGAGGAGACCACUGUCAGUGUUCAGAGGGCAAAGGCCAAGGGCUUCCUUAACAUAGCAAAGGAUGGCGGAGUCCUACGGUUUUGCUGUCUUCUCCAUGACAUCAUCUUUCAAUUGAGCAACCUUUCCAAGUCACUGCAGAAGUCAGCAGUAACCCUGGCUGAGGCUCAUAGCUGCCUGUCCUCCACUCAGGCUGUCAUAGAAAAGUACAAGUCAAGACCCGGGCCUAAGCUGAGAGCAGCACUGGAGACGGACAUCUAUGAGGGAGUCCUUCUGAAACCGACAAAGCCUGACCAGCAUGACAAGUCCAAGAAUGAUCUCAUAGAUGCCAUGUGCCAGUGCAUCACUUCUAGGUUUGCCGAUGUAAACAGUGGUGUCCUGAAGGCAAUGCGACUGAUAAAUUUCCAGUGCUGGCCAGAGACAGACACAAGUGCAGAUUUUGGUGAUGAUGAUGUAGACCAGGUUAUCAGUCACUUCCGACCUCUUCUACUGACAGCUGGAGUGGAUAUUGACUUGAUUCCAGAUCAAUGGACCAUUCUGAAAACACAACUUUACACUGCAGGUUUCAGCCAAGGGACCAUUGAGAAGACAUGGCCUGCAGUAAACAGAAUGCUGCGCCAUGAGUGUCCUGAUGUCCUACACCUGUUUGAUGCCCUGCUCACCAUUCCGACAAGUACAGCUGACUGUGAGAGGGGGUUUAGUGUCAUGAAGCAGGUUAAGAGUGACUGGCGCUCAAGCCUGAAAGGGGAGACACUAGCUGACCUUUUGAAAACACAGUUGUGCUCACCGGACAUCAAAGACUUCGACCCACGCAAAGCCAUAGAAAUCUGGCAUGGUGACAGUGUGCGCACACGCCGGCCACACUUUGUGAGGAAGAAAAAUGGAACUGAUGUAAAUGGGGGCUCUGAGUCAGAGUCCUCAGAGAGCUCUGCCUCUGAUGAUGUUUAACCUGUCUCUUUGUACAUAAUACAUUUGUGUAAUUUUGUACAUUAUCUGCACUAAAACAUGUUUAGAGUUGUUUAAAGUUUUAAGUUGUAAAACGCUGGCCCCAGCCCCACCUUCUGGCGGUUAGGAUUUAAUUUGAAUUGGAUAUACAUUCCCAACUUCACUGUAAGAUGAAUUUAAAGCUUUAGUUAAUAAAAUGAUCAAAUGAAUUCAGUGGCUCUCAUAAUCUGUCUUUUUUGCACGGGAAAAAAUGUGGCUAGUGGAAAUUCUGAUUGGCUGGUAACUUCAGAAACUUACCAGCCACAUUGGCUGGUGAUCAAAAAAGUUAAUUUAGAGCCCUGAUGUUAA